AUGGAGUUACUGAAGGAGAUAGGAAUCAUAGGAGCAUCCCAUGGCUGGGUAGCAACUUUGAAAAACGGAGUCGUGUGUCUUCAAGAUGACCUAGAUCUCCCUGAUACUGACCCAAAACGCAUUCCUCUUCCUCCUUUUGUAACUCUACCUCAUUGCCAAACCCAAAUCGUAACCAACGUAUCUAUGUCCUCUUCUUCUCCUGAGGAUGAAGACUGCAUCGUGGCUGUCAAGUUCUUGGGACCUCAGCUAAGCUUGUGCAGGCCUGCUCAGAGAGAUUGCAAGUGGAGCAACAUCAGAAUCACAGACCCCAGCUUCUACUCUUCCCAUGUAAUGUACUCCAAGAGAGAUGGCAUGUUCUCCAUGCCCGCUUCUAGAGGCCACUACAUCGGAUCAUGGGAUCUUAGGAGACACAUGAAGGAACCAAAGAUUCAGAUGCUGCGGCUUCCCGAUGAAGAUCCAAUUCCAGAAAUGACAGAGAAAAAGUGGCAGAGAUUAGAGUCUUGUUGUACGAAGCAACACUACUUAGUGGAGUCGUUACACACUGAUGAGACUUUUAUGGUGAAGUGGUACACAGAAAGCCAUCCCAUUGCCAAUAAUACUUUGAAUUUAUGGGAUCAUUUCCUUGUGUUGAAGAUAGACAAGGAAGGAAAUGCUGUUUACACCAAAGGCAUUGGACAUCUCUGCAUUUUACUCUCCAAGUCUGAAGCUAUCUGUAUUCCAUCUAAAUCGAACCGCAAAGUCAAAAACAGCGUCUAUAUGUUGAGAGAGCACGAGUUUGCCAUUGUCAUGAUCGACACUAACCAGAAGUUUUGUCAAAGACCUUUCCCUUCCUCCUUACCUUACUAUAUUCCGAAAAGACUACUAAUAUAG